GGCUGCAGCCUCAGGAGGUGUGGGAGGCUGGCUGAUAUGAGGCUGGUGGAACGCAGUGGGCAGGCUGGUCCUCUGCAGCGCUCACCCUGAAGGCCGCUCCGAGAGAAGCGACUAUGCUGCCCUGGGUGCCGCGGGCUCUGCUUGGCUUGCUUCUGCCCACGCUGCUGGCACCACGGGGAGAAGCCAAGCACAGGGGGGACCCCCAGCCCCCCAACGCCUCCAGGCCGGCUCUGCUGCGGCUGUCAGAUCACCUGCUGGCCAACUACAAGAAGGGCGUGCGGCCCGUGCGGGACUGGAGGACACCGACCACUGUGUCCAUCGACGUCAUCGUCUACGCCAUCCUCAGCGUGGAUGAGAAGAACCAGAUCCUGACCACGUACAUCUGGUAUCGGCAGUACUGGACCGAUGAGUUUCUCCAGUGGAACCCUGAGGACUUUGACAACAUCACCAAAUUGUCCAUCCCCACAGACAGCAUCUGGGUCCCAGACAUCCUUAUCAAUGAGUUUGUGGACGUGGGGAAGUCUCCAAACAUCCCGUAUGUCUAUGUCCGGCAUCAUGGCGAGGUCCAGAACUACAAGCCCCUCCAGGUGAUGACCGCCUGUACCCUGGACAUCUACAACUUCCCCUUCGACGUACAGAACUGCUCGCUGACCUUCACCAGCUGGCUGCACACCAUCCAGGACAUCAACAUCUCCCUGUGGCGCCUGCCUGAAAAGGUGAAGUUCGACAGGAGCGUCUUCAUGAACCAGGGCGAGUGGGAGCUGCUGGGGGUGCUGACCCAGUUCCAGGAGUUCAGUAUAGAAAGCAGUGACAGCUACGCAGAGAUGAAGUUCUAUGUGGUCAUCCGCCGACGGCCCCUCUUCUAUGCGGUCAGCCUGCUUCUGCCCAGUAUCUUCCUCAUGGUCGUGGACAUCGUGGGCUUCUAUCUGCCUCCGGACAGUGGUGAGAGAGUUUCCUUCAAGAUCACGCUCCUCCUGGGCUACUCGGUCUUCCUGAUCAUCGUGUCCGACACGCUGCCCGCCACGGCCAUCGGCACGCCGCUCAUCGGUAAGGCCGGCUCCUGGGGGAGAGCUCCCUGGGGCCGAGGGACCCGCGCCUCUCCUACCUCCCAUGUGUGUCCCCCACCCCGCCCCAUCCUGGGGCGCAUAGGUGUCUACUUCGUCGUGUGCAUGGCUCUCCUGGUGAUCAGCUUGGCCGAGACGAUCCUCAUCGUGCGGCUGGUACACAAACAGGACCUGCAGCAGCCGGUGCCCGCCUGGCUGCGCCACCUGGUUCUUGAGAGAGUCACCCUGCUCCUCUGCCUAGGGGAGCAGUCGACAGCCCGGAGGCCCGCAGCCACCUCCCAAGCCGCCAAGACCGAUGACUGCUCAGACAUGGGAAACCACUGCAGCCAUCUGGGGGGACCCCGGGACUUGGAGAAGACCCCGAGGGGCACAGGCAGCCCUCCCCCGCCGCCUCGGGAGGCCUCCCUGGCGGUGCGCGGGCUGCUGCAGGAGCUAACCUCCAUCCGGCACUUCCUGGAAAAGCGGGAGGGGAGCCGAGAGGUGGCCCGGGACUGGCUGCGUGUGGGCUCCGUGCUGGACCGGCUGCUCUUCCGCAUCUACCUGCUGGCGGUGCUGGCCUACAGCAUCACCCUGGUCACACUCUGGUCCAUUUGGCAGUAUUCCUGAGUGGGUCCAGCCCAGCGCCUGGCCACGGGGGGAGUGGGGGGUGAUGGCGCUUGUUAGGAUGGGGAUGGGGAUGGGGGAAUUUCAGGGCCAAGGGGCACCAGUGAUGUUCUCAAGGCACAUAUACAGUUCCUGCCUGUUUCCAGUGCCAAUGCAUCUCAGCAGUCCCAAACCAGGGCCUUCACUCUCCCUCCCCCAAACUUGGUGUUUAAGAUUCUUCCACCCUCAUCCACUCCCCUACAGGCCCAUUAUGGCUUUAAAACACACUCUUGGAUCAGAAGAAACACACACAUGGCCUGACUUCACUCUGUCUAAACAUCAAGCCUCAGUUUCCCCACGGGCAUUUCCCUGAACUGGCACUUUGGAAUUCUGCUCACCCCCUCAGCCUUGUUUUGAGGUGGAAGGUAAGCCAGCUCUCUGCCACAUGGGCCUCAUUACUCUGCAUUAGGUUCAUCCAACCCUAAGGUCUCCCUGCUCACCAGUGGCCACUUCCCUGAACACUCAUCAGAUGAAGGAGAUAAUAAAAUGUGAUGAAUCCCUAAA